CGAUGGGCGUCCUGUCCAAUGGCGAGUGCAGAAGCAGGCGGCUCCGGCCAGGAGCGCAGAGGGUGCUAAGGGAGGGGGAAAGGCUGUACAGUGGAGAAGCAGGAAGUAGCCGCGGCAAGAAACGGAGGCUGCGGGAAAGGUGGCGGCAGCAGUGGCUGCAGGAGCUGGGCAAAGACCGCAUAGUGUCGGCCUGGCCCGGGACCGGAACAAGUAAGCCCGCCCCGGGUGUAGGUCCCACCCCCAUUAUGGGGGACAUGAAGACCCCAGACUUUGAUGACCUCCUUGCUGCUUUUGACAUCCCUGAUAUUGAUGCUAAUGAGGCCAUACACUCAGGGCCUGAGGAAAGUGAGGGGCCUGGGGCCCAUGGGAAGGCAGAACCCAGUGGUGGGGCAUCUUCUGGGGAAGGACCAGGCGCUGCUGGAGAUAGGUCAGCAGGUCCAGCCCAGCCCUCUGAGCAUAGCCUUCCCCAUCCCGACAUCUCCGCUGUCAGUGUUAUUGUCAAAAACACUAUAUGCCCAGAACAGCCUGAUUCUAUGGGAGGUGGUUCAGGUGGGGAUGGAGCCCGAGCAGGGCUAGGCCCCAAGGAAGGGCCUGUGGGACCCCGACUACUACAGAAUGGUUUUGGGGGCCCUGAGCCACCUCCCCCAAGAGCUGCCCGCUCCCCGGUUCCUCCCAGUGGAGAGAGCUGGAAAGACAAAGCAGGGGAAGGGAAGCCUUCCUUGGACCUUUUUGCACAUUUUGGGCCUGAGCCUGGGGACCCAGACCCUUUGCCUCCUUCUGCCCCUUCUUUAUCCCGUGAGAGGGCCCUGACCUCACCCUCUUUCUCUACCCCUUUUGAAUUGAGCCAGGAAAAUGGUCCUUCUCUGCUGCCACCUGAUUCUUCCCCCCCCUCAGGAACCACAGAGCCAGGCAGUGACAGCCCCCGUCAUCCUUCUGGCUCAGGCUGGUCCGCUGUGGCCUCCAGCCCCAAGGAGGUGGGCAUCCUUCCUAACAGUUCACCCCCCCAGUUGGGUGGGGCCCCUUUUUUUAAGUCAUUGCCAGCCUCAGGAAAUCCUCCCAGCUCCCCCAAACCACUGGGCACCAGUCCACCAAGAGAUGAAGAAGACGAUGAGGGAACCGCUGACAAGUCUGCCCCUGAUACCCCCCAGAGCCCUUCAAGUGGAGCUGAGGCAGCUGACGAGGACAGCAAUGACUCCCCAGCCUCUUCCAGCUCUUCCCGACCUCUCAAAGUUCGUAUCAAAACUGUUAAAACGUCCUGUGGGAAUAUCACCAGAACGGUGACUCGCGUCCCCUCAGACCCUGACCCUCCUGCUGCCCUCCCCUCCAUCGAAGGGGCCCUCCCCGCUGACCCUGGCCUCCCAAAGGUCCCCCCAGGGGCCUCUACCCCCGAGAGCCCCAAAGUGGUGAGUGUCCAGCUAGGGGAUGGCACAAAGUUAAAGGGCACCGUGCUCCCGGUAGCCACCAUCCAGAAUGCCAGUACCGCCAUGCUGAUGGCAGCGAACGUGGCCCGUAAAGCGGUCGUUCUGCCUGCUUCGGCAUCCCCUAAGGCUGUGGCCAAAAGCGUCCUUGGCUUGGCGCCCCAGGGCCUGCCCAAAGCUGAGGGGAGGGCGGCAUCGGGGAGCGGGGGCCAGAAGGUCAACGGCGCCUCCGUGGUGAUGGUGCAGCCCUCGAGGCCUGCGGGGGCCGGGGGCACGGUGAUCUCUCGGACCCAGUCCGGCCUGGUGGAGGCUUUCAACAAGGUCCUCAACAGCAAGAAUUUGUUGCCAGCUUAUCGGCCCAAUCUGUGCCCACCGGCGGAGGCGGGGCUGGCCCUGCCUCCUGCGGGGUACCGCUGCCUGGAGUGCGGGGACGCCUUCUCCCUGGAGAAGAGCCUCGCGAGACACUAUGACCGCCGCAGCAUGCGGAUCGAGGUCACCUGCAACCACUGUGCCCGCCGCCUGGUCUUCUUCAACAAGUGCAGCCUUCUACUCCAUGCCCGCGAGCACAAGGACAGAGGGCUGGUCAUGCAGUGCUCCCACCUCGUCAUGCGGCCGGUGGCUCUGGACCAGAUGGUCGGGCAGCCGGACAUCACGCCUCUGGUGCCCGUGGCUGCGCCCCCUGUGACUCCCCAACCCCCAGCCACCCCGGGCAAGGGGGAAGGGGCUGCCGAGUCCCCGGCGUUACCCCUGUUGGCCGAGCUGCCGCCAGCCUCUGCUACUACCUCUACUUACACCUGCUUUCGCUGCCUCGAGUGCAAGGAGCAGUGUCGAGACAAGGCCGGGAUGGCCGCUCACUUCCAGCAGGCCGGGCCCCCUGCUCCGGGGGUCGCCAGCAACGUGUGCCCGUCAUGUCCCAUGAUGCUUCCCAGUCGCUGCAGUUUGAGUGCCCACCAGCGCAUGCACAAGAGCCGCCCCCCGCACGUCUGCCCAGAGUGUGGGGGGAACUUCUUACAGGCCAACUUCCAGGUCCACCUUCGGGAAGCGUGCCUCCACUUCUCCCGCCGCGUCGGAUACAGGUGUCCGAGCUGUUCGGUAGUAUUUGGUGGGGUGAACUCCAUCAAGUCCCACAUCCAGACGUCCCACUGCGAGGUGUUCCACAAGUGCCCCAUUUGUCCCAUGGCCUUCAAGUCUGCGCCCAGCGCCCAUGCCCACCUCUACACUCAGCACCCCGGCUUCAGCUCCCAGCAAGCCAAGCUCAUCUAUAAGUGCGCCAUGUGUGACACCGUCUUCACCCACAAGCCUCUGCUCUCGUCCCAUUUUGACCAGCACCUGCUACCCCAGCGAGUCAGUGUCUUCAAGUGCCCCUCGUGCCCGUUGCUUUUUGCUCAGAAGAGGACCAUGUUGGAGCAUCUCAAGAACAGUCAUCAGGCUGGGCGGCUGGGAGAGGAAGCUGGGGGGAAAGGGACUGGGGGUACCCUGUUGACCCCUAAGCCUGAACCUGAGGAAUUGGCUCUGUCUCGGGGUAGGGCAGGCCCUCCCACAGAGGAGUCAUCUUCCUCUUCAGAAGAAGAGGAACCCCCUAGUUCCCCUGAGCCCCCCCGACCAGCUAAGAGGUCCAGACGUGAACCAGGGGGGAACAGGGGCAAUAGGGGACGGGGCGGAGGGCUUGGGGGCUGGACCUGCGGCCUCUGCCACUCCUGGUUCCCUGAGCAAGAUGAGUACGUGGCCCAUAUGAAGAAGGAACACGGCAAGUCGGUGAAAAAGUUCCCAUGCAGGCUUUGCGAGCGUUCCUUUUGCUCUGCCCCCAGCCUGAGGCGGCACGUCAGGGUCAACCACGAGGGCAUCAAGCGUGUCUACCCCUGCAGGUACUGCACAGAGGGAAAACGCACUUUCAGUAGCCGCGUGAUCUUGGAGAAACACGUCCAAGGCCGACACCGGCCACCGAGGCUGGGCACCCAGUCCCCGAGUCAGGCGGGUGGACUCGCCCGGGGUGGCACCCAGGGUUCUGGGCGCAAGCGCCGCCCAUCCUCAGACUCCUGCAGUGAGGAGCCAGACAGCACCACACCCCCAGCCAAGCCCCUCCGAGCAGGGCGCUACCGGAGCAUGACUGGGGCUGAACAGGGUCAUCUGGGGGGGCUUCGGGGUGAUGAUGGGGCCCCGCAGUGUCGGGACUGUGGCCUCUGCUUUGCCUCACCCGGCUCCCUCAGCAGACAUCGCUUCAUCAGCCAUAAGAAGAGACGCUGUGGAGGGGGAGUGGGGGCUGCCGAGGAGGUGCCUCUCCAAUCAGGGCCUGAGCCUGAAGGAGGUGACUCACCCCUGCCUGCUUCUGGGGGUCCCCUGGCUUGUAAAGUCUGUGGCAAAGGCUUUGACAGCCCACUCAACCUCAAGACACACUUUCGAACCCAUGGCAUGGCUUUCAUCCGUGCCCGGCAGGGAGGCAACGGAGACAACAGCUAGGCCGCACAGCCCCUUUGGGAAGUGGGUGGGUGGGGGGGCCCUGGAGGUCAUGGGGUGGCUAGGAUGGAGCCAGGGGCUCCACUGCAGCUGUCCCCUUUAUUCCCAGGCUGGGAAGGGAACCCCCUCCCCCCAUUUCAUGAGGGACUCUAGUCAUUCCUAUCUCUCUUGUCCCAUAUUGGGUUUGGCUCCUUUCUUUUCCCAUUUCCCAACCCAACACUAAUCAUGGACCCCCCCCCCCCCCCCCCGGGCCCCUAGUGUGUAGUGGGAGUUGGGGUAGGGGUUAGAGACCCAACAACUCUACUUUGGUUUUGGAGGCACACCUGGUAUACCGAGGAGGCCACAGAAACACAGGGAGAACAUGUGUACACGCUCCUUGCCCUUCCUGCCCCAGCCUCCCACCACGCCAGGCCCAGCCCCUACAGUGCCUUUCAAUUUUCUUUUUUCAGCAAUUCCUCGGGAGGUUGGUGGGGACCAAUCUUGUCACCAGGGGUCCAGGGAGGGAAGAGGGGGGUAGAUUCUCAGGAAUCCUUUAUUCUUGUAGUAAUAAGAAUAAUUAAUAAUAUUAACAAUGAGAGGGGAGGGGAGCACUCAGCCCAUUAAAACUGCUAGUGGUUUAA